AUGGGGCCUUCUCAGCCUGUCCGUGCCCCUCGGCCCCGGGGCCUAAGUUCCCCCUACCGCAGGCCAGGGCUGGGCUGGCGUCGGCCUCGAAAUCCCAGGAUGUUCAAGUGUAGCCGCAGAAGGUACCGGCAGAAACCCCAAGGCCCAGCUGCCACCACUGCAGCCACCAAUCCUGCCACCGUGGCCACAGAUAUCAACAACACUUCUACCGCCACCACGAGUGUGUGGAUCCUUCUGCCACAAAGUUAGCCAAGGGCCCUGAGGCGGGUGGGGGUUGGAAAAACCAGGGCCAUUUGUUUCCCCCACCUUAGCCCUGCCUAGGCACUCUAGGGGGCACACCCUGUGUGAAAUAUCACCCCCAAAAUAUGGUGGGGUCUUGAUGGCAGACUCCUAAAGGCUGAGAGCCUUAAUGGAGGGUGUAUUGGCUGAGUGGAGGGCCUGGGGAACUGUGAAUCUAAGAACAGUGGAGCUUCCAGAACUGCUGUCUUCCUCACACUCUUCCCUCUCCUUCCUCUCCUCAGUUCUCAGACACCUUUGUCA